AUGAGCGACACCUCACCUAGACUCUCGCAGAAGGUCCCGGCCCACUUUCUCCACUCGCCGGUCGAUCAGGAUGUCCGGUUACCCCAGAACAUUGCUCACCGUGGGUUCAACGGUCAAUACCCGGAGAAUACGAUUCUGGCAAUCGAGAAGGGUAUCGAAGUUGGCGCUCACGCCAUCGAAAUCGACCUUCACAUCUCCCGCGACGGAGUGGUCGUGCUCUCACACGACCCCAACCUCGAACGGUGCUACGGCGUGAAGCAAAAUGUCGGAGACUGUGACUGGGAAUAUUUGAAGACUCUGCGAACGUUGCAAGCUCCCCAUGAGCCUAUCCCUCGCUUCAUAGAUGUGCUGGAAUACCUUCGACAGCCGGGUCGAGAGCAUAUCUGGAUCUUGCUGGACAUCAAGCUCACUCAAGACCCAGACGCCAUCAUGAAGGGAAUCGCCGAAGCCACUCGGACCGUACCCAUAGCUGCCAUCGGACCUGACUGGCACCGUCGUAUCGUCGCCGGCACCUGGAACGGACGAUUCAUCUCGGCAGCCACAGAGCAUCUCCCCCGCUACUCAUUGUCACUCAUCUGUGCGGACCCCAGCUACGCCCGUCAAUUCCUCGAGGUCCCCCGUGUCGGGUUCAACAUCAAUCAGAAGGUUCUCAUGGGCCCGUUGGGCAAGGGAUUCAUCGAAGAAGCUCGAGCUGCCCGCCGCCAAGUCUACGUGUGGACGGUGGAUGAGCCCAAUCUCAUGCGAUGGUCGAUCGAGCACGAGGUUGACGGCGUUGUUUCCAAUGAGCCCGGUCGGUUCCACGAGGUCUGCGACGAAUGGGAGAGAGAACAUUCGGACCUGAAGGUUGUCCCGCAGAAAACACGCAUUUCUCUCAAACAGCGGAUGGAGGUACUGGCCAUUGCUCUUUACAUCAAGUGCUUUGGCUGGUACUAUCGGCGCAAGUACCUCAGUCCUAUCGAGAGAGUGGAUAUCCAUGCAAACAAGCUCGGAUAG